AUGACAGGAAUUGAGUCUAUGUUACCAGUACUCGUACUUACACCGACAGGUGUUGCAGCCUUCAAUAUUAAUGAUAGAAUGAUUCACUCUGCACUUUCAAUUACAAUAAAUUCUACUAAUAAUUUUGAUAUAGACAAGUUGACAGUAGAUGACUGGAGGAUACUUAACACACAAUUCAAGAAAAAAUUAACAAGGGCUGAACAUGACCAGUUUUCAGAUGCUAUAUUUAUCUUACCAAGAUGGUCUGAUGUAAAUGCUGUAAAUAUAGAUAAGUUUAGAUUGUUAAACGUCCCUAUUGCCAAAAUUAAUACUAAACAUACUAGUGGUGUUGAAGUGAAAAGAGCAGACUCAGAUACAGCACAUGGUUUUGAAGUACAGCUGUUACUAACAAGAGGAACCAUACAUGAUAUAUUAUUCGAAGAACCAGGCUCUUCAUGCAUUCCUACAGCAGUUUUUAUAAACUUUGAUGAUUACAAAGACCCUACAGUCACUAAUGUAGAAGGCGAAAAAAUUUCUGUCUAUCUAGCAUGGACAAUUAUGGUAUAUAAAAGCCAAAGGCUUAUCUUGCCAAAGGCUUUUAUAGACCUUGGUGGCAAAGAAUUUGCAGCUGGUCUUUCAUUCGUCACAACUUCUCAGGUCUAUACUCUUAAGGAUCUCCUUUUCAAACUGUUCAGUUUUGAAAGGCUGCAGAGAAUUAAAGAGUGUAAAAGGCUACAAGAAAGGAAAAAAGAGAAGAAACA